AUGGCUGUUCUAGCCUUUCUCGUCUGCCUUGUUGGCAUUUUCCAACUAGCAACUUGCGCGCCCAAAGACGCUCCACUCCCAUAUCCUGUUUCCGAUCUAGUGUUCUCGGGUGAGCUAGGUGGCCACCAAGUCGCUUUCAAUGGCACUAUCCAACAAGUCUACGCCAAAACCCUCGCCGCUCACCCCGAUUUCAACGUCCACGCUCAAAUCACCGCAAACAUCGCUUCUGCUGCCAAAGUAACCAAGAGAAACAAGAGCAACCAUUUCUGCAGCCAAGACAUCGGAAACCCAUGGCGUCCUGCCAAAGUUGACAAAAUUGUUGACGGAAUCCAUUACUUGCAAAACAAAGCUCGCUGUGGAGUAAACCCUCGAUCGUGCGCCAGAAUUUCCUGCUCCUGGGACUCCGCCAUUUUCCUCUGUAACGAUCGUAACGAUUUCAUACAGCCUUCAUGUGCUUACUUGGCGUCGUACGCGUCUGAUAUCAUCAACUUCUGUCACCAGGAUGUUAACGGCAUUGGAAUUGCGGUUGCGGGACAGGAGUUUGACACGGAAAAUUAUAAUGUUCUUUACACUUCUGGAAAGCUGAGCGGUGGGCUGGGGUCGGUGGAAGGUGACUUGGUUUAG